AUGGCAUCGUCUCUCCAUCCAGCAUCGCGGCUGGUCGCGGGACAGCUGACAGCUUCUGCGGCAUUGCGGCAACUUGAACGAUCACCUUUCCUGCGCGCCACAGCUCAGUUUCACACCUCAAGGCCUCGCGGUGCGUUGCCGGCAGGCCCUCCUCCGCAAGGGUACAGACUACCUAGACCAAAGCGGUUUUACGAAAACGAGAAUGUGAUCGACAAAGCAAGCAACUAUUUCCUUCUUACUGAGAUGUUUCGCGGCAUGUAUGUCGUGUUGGAACAAUUCUUCAGACCACCCUACACGAUUUAUUAUCCUUUCGAAAAGGGCCCUAUUUCCCCACGGUUUCGAGGCGAGCACGCCCUAAGGCGGUAUCCUUCUGGCGAAGAGAGAUGUAUUGCCUGCAAGCUCUGUGAAGCUAUCUGCCCGGCUUUGGCGAUCACGAUUGAGGCCGAAGAGAGAGAAGACGGAUCGAGGAGAACCACUCGCUAUGAUAUUGAUAUGACAAAGUGCAUCUAUUGUGGUCUCUGCCAGGAGAGCUGCCCUGUCGACGCCAUUGUUGAGACGCCAAAUGCAGAAUAUGCGACAGAAUACCGGGAGGAGCUCUUGUACAACAAGGAAAAGUUACUUGCCAAUGGUGAUAAGUGGGAGCCUGAGCUAGCGGCGGUUGCAAGAGCAGAUGCUCCUUACAGGUGA